GUGACAACACGUGAAGUUUGAAGUUAGACAGAACAAAUUUGCAGUCGCUAAGUUGUGUCAGUGUUCGUUGGACGUUUUUGAUUGAGUAGAGAAGUCAAGAUGAUUUCGUCAAGACAGGCAGCCAAGGAGCAUGUUUUAGCAGUUUCCAGAGAUUUUGUAUCACAACCAAGACUCACCUACAAAACAGUCUCUGGUGUAAACGGCCCUCUGGUAAUCCUCGAAGAUGUUAAGUUCCCCAAGUACAAUGAAAUCGUACAACUCAAACUGGCUGAUGGCACUAUACGUUCGGGACAAGUUCUGGAAGUCAGUGGGUCAAAAGCUGUGGUUCAAGUGUUCGAGGGCACAUCAGGAAUCGACGCCAAAAACACCGCUUGUGAAUUCACAGGAGAUAUUUUGAGGACUCCUGUUUCUGAAGAUAUGUUGGGACGUGUUUUCAAUGGAUCAGGAAAACCCAUUGACAAAGGUGAGGAAACUGUAUCUGCUGCCAGAGAAGAAGUGCCUGGUCGUCGUGGUUUCCCAGGUUACAUGUACACCGAUUUAGCUACCAUCUAUGAACGUGCCGGCCGUGUUGAGGGACGUAACGGAUCCAUCACCCAGAUUCCUAUAUUGACUAUGCCCAACGACGACAUCACCCAUCCUAUUCCUGAUUUGACUGGUUACAUUACUGAGGGACAGAUAUAUGUUGACCGUCAGCUCCACAACAGGCAAAUCUACCCUCCGAUUAAUGUGUUACCAUCUCUUUCUCGUCUCAUGAAGUCCGCUAUUGGUGAAGGCAUGACCAGGAAGGAUCACUCUGAUGUGUCUAAUCAACUGUAUGCUUGUUACGCUAUUGGUAAGGAUGUCCAAGCCAUGAAAGCCGUAGUAGGAGAAGAGGCUCUCACCCCAGACGAUCUCCUCUAUCUGGAGUUCCUGACCAAGUUUGAAAAGAAUUUCAUCUCGCAAGGAAACUACGAAAACCGUACGGUGUUCGAGUCACUCGACAUCGGCUGGCAGCUGCUCCGUAUCUUCCCUAAGGAGAUGCUGAAACGUAUACCAGCUUCCGUACUGGCAGAAUUCUACCCAAGAGACUCUCGUCACUAGUUUGUUUAGGAUGUCUAUCCCCCUAGGUUUGUUACAAAUGUCCACUUGUAUUUUAUCGAUAGUCGUACUGUAUAAUUUUAAGCCCAUCGCGGUGCAAUUUGUAAAUAUUCAAUUCGAGUUUGUCAUAAACGUUGAACUUCACUUUCAGUUCAGGGUUCGAGAAGGUUUGUCAACGUUUCGGUCACCUGGGGACCAUCAUCGGUUUCUUGGAGAAGGAAUGCAGUUGAUGACAGGCCACCGGAACGUUGUUGAACCUUUCGAACUGAGAGGCAGAGGUCAAAAUUUACCAUCCCAGCUUUGUUUCAGUCGAACGGGUCGAUAUUUGUUACUUUAUUUCUUUCACACUGUUGUUACCUGGUGUAUUGUUGGUGAUUGAAAGGUGUUAUCGCUGUUUUUUCAUGUAGAAAAAUUUAAGACAAUACUGUAAUUAGUGUAAGUAGAUGUUUUGUCAUUGAUCAGUUGCACCCGGAGGUCCUUCUGUCGUUUUCCUCGUUCUUUUGUAUUUUUCAAAGUGGAAAACCAACAUUCCAUAAAUGUCAUUACCCAAGUUGUAUAAAGCAAUACACCCCCCUAUAUACAGCUUUCAGUAUUUUUAUUCUAGAUGGUGAACGGAAGUUUUUCUUGUUGUAGGUUUUGACAUUAUCGAUGUUACUAUAAAAAUCUAAUUUUACGAUUUAGAUUAGUGUACAAAACUUGUGAAUAAACAGUAUACACAUGUUGA